UACACCUCCAUGGUAGAAUGUUAUACUUCGAAAAGACCGAGAAGCAAUGAGAAGGUUAUGAUUCAUAUAAACACACAUACAUAAAUACAGACUAUAGUACCUAUAUAAAUAAAAAAAAAUAUAAUCAUUGUUUUGUUUAAAAAUCUUUAUAAAAGUAAAUAUGUCUUACUAACAAUUCAUAAAUAUUAACUUCGAGUAAAAGAAAUUGAUUGAACAAUGGCAGUUAUUCAUCGAGCAUUAUUUACUUGGUUCAACCUCUUAAUAUUUUUAGUUCUUAUGGUCUUACGUCUUGACCUACGAAUCUUAUGGAAUUGGUUCAUUGUGUUCAUGCCAAUGUGGCUGUAUGACAGUAUGUUAUUAAUUUACAUAAUAUUUAAUAUGAUAUCACACUGUAAAAAUGGUCAUGACAGAAUAAACAGUGUUCGAAAAAUGGGAUGGUAUAUGACAGCUGUUUUACUUAAAAUGAGCACACAAAUAUUAAUAUGUUCUGUACUUGAAGCACCACAAUGGAAUUUACCAUCAAAAAUAGUACUAUUACCAUUGUGGAUUUUAUUGCCAGUACUGUCAACAGAUGUUUUUAUACACUUAAUACAACACUCAAGAUAUUGAU